AUGAGUAGCCCUCGCAUCCCGUCACGCGCAAAGACUGUUGCCAAUAAUUCUGCCCUUCACGUUGAUGAGUUUAGCACUCCAAAUCCAAUGCAGAGCUUGGGUAACGGCGGUCAUCGCAAGCGCCCCAUCACGUAUGGCUUAGUUCAAGGUGGCCUCCAAUAUGAGGAUUGCAACCCACCUACAAAGAAAUUCAAGAAUCUCCAAACUACGAAGCUACAAAUUAUCUCAACGAACGCAAGCUCGAACUAUCGCGCAUCACUCGCCGGCUAUAGCCGCGAGAAUGUGAUAUCAACGCCUUCGCUGCCGCAACUAGAUCUCAUAAGAGCUAUCCUUGAAGGUGAAGAAGACUUGUCCCAAACAGAGAUGAAGGGGAUUGACGCUCAAUUGGUGCUAUCUGCAACAUCCUCGAGGGAUGCAGGAGUUACGGCGAUAGGAAACAAAGGUUCUCUUCAGAUGAGUCGGAUAAACCUGGGGCAGCUCCAUUGGUAUCUGGAUCUCUUUGCAGUUCAACCUGUUUCCUCGACGAUCAGGACGCGUAUGUUGAAUGGGUGCAAGUUCCACGGCAAGUGUUCACCCAUUACUGUAGUAUCCUCAGUCAAUGAACAAACAAGUCGAGUCAAGCCCCUCUUCAAGGUUAAGACCACUGUUAUUAUCCCGUCAUCAUUCUGCUUGACCGAUAAAUGUUACACUAUAUCGACCAUUCACGUUAACUUUAUGGAGUCCUGGAUGCCGCAUCAAAGGCCUGAGCGUUUUCAACCAAACGAAAUUUUCGGAGAUCCGGGGGAGAUCACAGUCUUAUCAUCGAGUCACAAUGAAGGGCAGGUUUUACAUGUUCAUGCCCUAACAUCAUUCCCCUAUAGCAAGUUUUUGAUCCCUCCAGUUGCACCAGGCGGCGGUCCGCCCUGCGGCCUCACACCCCAGGAUUAUCGCAUCGCAUAUUUCCUUACUCACGCAAGUACUAGUGGUCGUGACGCACACUCCGACUCCGCAUCGUUGGCGUCGACGAGCUUGAUAUCAGCUGACACGACCAGUAAUAUGGGCCCGGGUGACACGGAGGGAAAGCGGUUCAAUGAGCACAGUCCAACUGAACAAGUCGCCCUCGCAUGGGCGAAAAGGCGCAUCAUUCUCAACUCCAUUACGACCACAGGCUGGUUACGAAACAUCACCCCAGAAGAAAAAAAGGUCAUGAACGGCUACAUCAUCGAGCUCGUUAACCAGGCCAACACAAAGUUUGGAUGUGAAUUGGAGGCGUCCCCGAGGGUAAUAGAAAGCAUUCUAAAGGCCCUCUUGCUCAAUCGUCGACAACUCUCGAAAAUUUCGGAGUAUCUCGCCAAUCCCUACGACAUCGAACCGCCAUCAGAGUUCAACUUGUCGGAACAGGACCGCCAAGCUUUCAUGGAUGACCGCGAAAACGAGUUAUUAGACUCAGCCUCGCCCUUCACCUAUUACCUUUAUGGUCAGGAAGUCACUGAUAUAUCUGUUUUCAUCCUUCUGUUCGCAAACCCCGUGGUGGAACACGUGCACAUAUCACACUGGUACGCUAGCAAAAGCACGCCACUCCGAGAUGAGGACAUGAGAAGCGAGAUCAAAACUACUCCGUCUCAGAUGUUAGCAGAAUCGGCGGUCUCGGUGAGGUUAGCAAUCCGACGCACUGCAAGGGGAAAAAAGUCACCAACAGGCGCCUCCCUCCAAUUCAAGACAGAUCCAUACGCCGAUGAGCAGGACGCAAUCAAUGAAGCAAUAUUGAAGGCAUUAAAGUCUCCCAUCCAUGGGGCUGCGCUGGAAGCACGUUUGCUAUAUCUUCACCACCGAGGCAUGUUUGCUCUCCGUGGCUCACUGGGCCUGGAUCCGCCCGAAAAUGCGAUCGGUUUAAUGGAGGAAGAUUCGCAAAUAGUACACGAGGCACGACAAUACGCACGGGCCACUGGCCUGCUGUUCCCCCAAGUCAGUCGAGAUUUGGUGAUGGCGGGGUCACACGGGCGUCUGAUGCCAGACUACUCCAAAUCUGUUUACGUUCCUGAUUCCAUCGAGGAGCUGAUCUUUCCGCGGGCUGAUAUCGCCCCACCUUCGACUGUGCACCCGCAAAUGUCGGCAGCAGUCACGGUGGACUCAGGCUUGUCUGAGGCUGUUGUCCCAUCUUCUAGCACAGACUUUAGUAUGCCAGUGCCGUCCGAGUCGGCGUAUGUUGAACUACCGUAUAAUUUUGGUGACGACUUCUUUGAUUUUCCCCAGACAUACCCAUUAAAUGUUGAACCUGAUCAGUACCUAACAGGAGGGUUCAUGGGCGGACUCGACCAUGACGUGCCAUGA